AUGCCUCUAGAAGUUCUCUUCUUCGGCGCGGGCGCCAUAGGGGCAUUCUUCGCCUCUCGAGUGGCUCUCAGCCCAGACGUCAACGUCUCCGUAGUAUGCCGCUCAAACUACAAAGCCGUAAAAGUAAACGGUUUCCAAAUCACCUCCCCGCAGUACGGAGACUACCACUGGACACCCACCCGAGUCUUCGACUCGCCAGCGUCAGCCGUUAACAGCGACGUCAAAUGGGACUACGUGGUCGUCAGCACCAAAGCCCUGCCCAACAUCUCCGAUGACUCCAAACUGUUAGAAGGCCUCAUCACGCCCGGAAGGACGGCCAUCGUACUGAUCCAGAACGGCCUGGGCGUCGAAGAACCCUACGCCUCGCGUUUUCCCGAUGCCACGAUCCUGAGUGCCGUGACCAUCGCGUCCUGCGCGCAACCCUCUAAUGGCCACAUAAAACACAACCGCUGGACACGUAUAAACAUCGGCCCAUACUUGGCACAACGAUCACCGCCCGCCACCGCGGAGGCGAAAUCCACAGCCACGACUCGAAACACAGCUUUCGUCCACUUCUUGACCGAAGGAGGCAUCAAGGACGCGAUCGCCGACACGCACGAGAAACUGCAGCUCGUGCGGUGGCACAAGAUCGCCAUCAACGCGGCGAUGAACCCCUCGGCCGUGCUCUCGGGCGGGUCCACCAACGAAGCCAUGUCCAACGACGCGGAGCUCGCGCGGCACCUCCGCGGCGUCAUGCACGAGGUCCUCACCACAGCCCCCAAAAUCGUCGGUGUGCCCUUCCCCGCUAGCUUCGCCACCGCCGAGCAGAUCCUCAGGUCCACGAGGAAGAACUCCAGUGGGAGUAAGCCGAGCAUGCUGCUGGAUUGGGAGGGCGGCAAAGCCAUGGAGUUGGAAGUCAUCUUGGGCAACCCGAUCAGGAUUGCAAGGGAAAAGGGGUUCGAGAUGCCCAGGACGCAGAGCCUGUAUGCGCUGUUGAAGAUGGCGGAGCGAAAUCGCGAGGCUGAGAAGGAGAGGGCCGCGACGGCGAGUAGAAGUAGACUCUGA